GAUCCUGGGACCACUGGGAGUGCAGCUGAAUGCUUAACUACAUGCGUGGGAGGUACCAACCGCGGGGACCAUCCUGAGGUCAGCACAGCACCUGUUUGCGCCUUUAAAAAAGGCUGCUCGACUCGAUUGUUGCCUGUCUCUUCGCAUUCUAUCGUCACAGCGUAUCCUGCACUCCCAAUUGUUAUGGUCUUCUAUCCGCCCAUAUGGGCUGGCGAAUUGCCCUCCAACCCUGAUACUCUGCCUCUCUGCGACUUCAUGCUAGACGAGCAAUACGGCCGCGCCCCUAUCGACCAGUCACCGGCUCCUUUCAUCUGCAAUGUCACGGGCAAGGGGUCUUCACCGGCCGAAAUCAUCGAGCGUGCGGACUACCUCGCCCGGGCCUUGUCUCGAGAAUUGGGUUGGGAGCCGGACACGGGGACAUCAGGUCGCCGAUUGCAUCUUCCCCGUCCCGUGGUGAAGUCGGCGCAGGCGGGGGCCGAUGAUGAGGCAACUGUCUGGGCCAUCAUCGUUCAUGAAGAGGAGGCUACGGCCCGGCAUAAAUAGCUCGAGGGAGGCGUGGAGGCGGCCCAGUGGGGAGAUUCUGCGGCGACUGCUGCGCGACCGCAAGAAGACACGGCAGGCGAAGCUGUAGUGAGGGAU